AUGAGUUUCACGCACUUCCUCUACAAACAACUCUUCGUCACCCCCGACUAUCCCACCCGUCCCUACACCGACCAAACCGUCAUCGUCACCGGCGCCAACGUCGGUCUCGGUCUCGAAGCAGCCCGUCACAUCGCCCGUCUAAACGCAGCAAAGGUCAUCCUCGCCGUGCGAAACACCGCAGCAGGCGAAGAAGCAAAACAAUCCAUCGAAGCGUCCACCGGCCGAUCAGUCUGCGAAGUCUGGCAUGUCGAUCUAUCCUCAUACACAUCUGUCGUGGACUUUGCCCAACGAGCAUCGAAGCUCCCUCGUCUGGAUGCAGUGAUUGCAAACGCAGCUGUCGCGCCAGCCACCUUUAAAAAAGCAGAAGGACACGAGCAGACCAUCACGGUCAAUGUCAUCAGCACUCUCCUCAUGGGUCUCCUUCUCCUCCCUACCCUCCGCGACACAGCGAUCAAAUACAACACACAGCCUCAUCUUACCUUUGUCGUGAGCGGUAUACACCAGAGUGCGAAAUUUGCAGAGCUGAAAAGUCCCAACACGCUCGCUGCGUUCGACAACCCGACCAGCUUUGAAUCAAUGGACCGCUACGCCACGUCAAAGCUGGUUCAGAUCCUGGUCAUCCGGGAACUAGUCGACAGACUUUCUGACUCGCGGGUGGUCGUCAACAUGCUCAACCCUGGACUAUGUCAUUCACAACUAGCCAGAGAUGCAGGAUGGGGAUUGUGGUUUAUGAAGCUGCUGCUGGCUCGAUCGACAGAGGUGGGAAGUCGGACGUUGGUGCUGUCUGCUAAUCUGGGACCUGAUAGCCACGGGGCGUAUACAGAUGACGGAAAGGUGGAUAAUGAGGAACUGUCCGAAUUUGUACGGAGUGAGGCUGGACGAGAUGCGCAGAAGAAGAUGUGGAGAGAGAUUUCUGCUGUGCUUGAGGAGUUUCAGCCGGGUGUUACCAAUGUAUAA